GUUACUUUUAGUAUUAGUUCAUGGUAAUGUUGAUGCAUGAUUCAUCUGUUCCUUUGGUGUCAGUUUGAUUUUUAAAUAUUGUCAUGGAUUCAAUUAAAUUGAAAUAUGAAUGCGAUUCUACGGAAAGAAAAAUAUACCCAUUGGAUUUCUUACCUUCUCUAGAAGACUACCCUGGAUAUUAUGAUUUCAGUGUUGAUAUUAACCAAUCACAACAGGGUAAAUCAUCAUGUUUUUUUUCUAAAGUCCUCAAACAAGUUUUUAUCGAUAUGAAUAAAAUGUUACUUAUAAAUUUCCAACUAAGUGGAGAUGUGACUGGUUUAUUCAUCAGAGCACUCCCUGUUUAUGCUUCCCCUGAUUUUUCUGGGAUACCAGUAACAAGAUGUACAGUACAUUCAGUAGAGAGUGAUCCAAAAGGAAAAGCUCAUUCAAGUGGAUUCUGUAAUUGUUCAAAGUAUGAGAAUGUUGGUCAUGUCAUUCGAUCUCAGUCAAGUGACGCACAGUACUAUUAUGAUGACUUGAGUAGAAGACACAGUGUAUUAGUGCCACUCAGGAAGUUACAAGUCGGAAGUCAUUCAUUCCCUAUAGGAUAUUAUUUUACUUGUAAAACAUCAUGCCCAGGUGGAAUGCAAAGAAGGCCGAUUAAUAUUAUAUUUACUUUAGAAACAGCUUGUGGUGAUGUAAUCGGAAGGAGAGUUUUGGGUGUAAGGAUAUGCAGCUGUCCCAAACGUGAUAUGGAAAGAUUAGAGAAGGACUAUCCAAAAGGAAAGAAAAGGAAUUAUGAACAACCUUCAAAAAAGAUAAAAUAUUCUCCUUCGUGUUCAUAUUCGACUGAUGAAAGUGACACCUGUUUCACAAAAUUAAGUGAAGAAAUGAAUGACUUAAGUAAAAUAUUACUUGAAUUUAAUGAGAAAGUUAUAAGUUUAUCUCAAAUUGUCAAUUUGUUAUAAUAAACAACAAAACAAUAUUUGAAAAUAUUUUUUAAAGAUUAAAUUUUUUUAAAUUUAUUGUUAAUUUUUAUUACUUAUACACUAAUUUUAUAUUCUUAUAUAAUUAUGUACUGGCUGAGAUUUUUAUUUUUUAACAAGUUAUUAGUUUCUUUUUAUUGUUAUUUUUAUAUAUUAGGAG